UGGACGACAACGGGGUGCUGGUGGGCAACUGGACGGGCGACUACGCCCAGGGCACCAACCCCUCGGCCUGGGCCGGCUCCGUGGACAUCCUGCGCGCCUACCACAGCUCCGGCGCCCCCGUGCGCUACGGCCAGUGCUGGGUCUUCGCCGGCGUCAUGACCACGGUGCUCCGGUGCCUGGGGCUGCCCACCCGCACCGUCACCAACUACAACUCGGCCCACGACACGGACGUGUCGCUCACCACCGACAUCUACUUCGACGAGAACAUGCGGCCCCUGGAGCGCCUCAACACCGACUCCGUCUGGAACUUCCACGUGUGGAACGACUGUUGGAUGAAGCGGCCCGACCUCCCCAAGGGCUACGACGGGUGGCAGGUCCUCGACGCCACCCCCCAGGAGACCAGCAGCGGGCUGUUCUGCUGCGGGCCCUGCUCGGUGACGGCGGUGAAGAACGGCGAGGUCUUCCUCAAGUACGACACCCCCUUCAUGGCUGCCACCUUGGCCAACAUGGCCGCUGCCUUCCCUCCUUCUUCAUUGGGCUCCCCAAGAUGGCCACCACCACUGGGCUGA